AGUGGGGAUUGAAAUGUUAUAUGGAAAACUGGGAAAUGUUACACAUGUGAAAACUAUUGUAUUUUACCGUCGACUGUAAACCAUUAAUCCCCUAAUCCAGGCAGCAACGUACCAGGCUAAGAUCUCAUAGUGCAAAGAACAAGGACCAGAGCAAGGAUUCCAGUUUGAGGACCCUGCUUCCCACCUGCAGGGUGGGGGUGGGGGGCUCACUUCACAAUCAGUGAAGUAGGAUGCAGGUGUCUUUUUCUCCCCCUUUCUGUCUUCCCCUGCUUUCUCAAUUUCUCUCUGUCCUAUCCAGCAGAAGCAGCAGCAGCAACAACAAUAACAACAAUGGAAAAAGAUGGUCUCCAGGAGCAGUGGAUUCAUAGUGCAGGGUCUCCCUGAAGAAGAGGAAGUCCAUUCGCGAGACUAUGAAGGAGAAGGGCUUGCUGGAAGGAUUCCUGAAGACCCACAAGUAUGACCCAGUCCAGAAGUACCACUUCAGUGAUUUCAGUGUGGCCUACGAGCCCAUGGCCUACAUGGAUGCUGCCUACUUUGGUGAGAUCAGCAUUGGAACCCCACCUCAGAACUUCCUGGUCCUUUUCGAUACUGGCUCCUCCAACCUGUGGGUGCCCUCUGUCUACUGCCAGAGCCAGGCUUGCACUGGUCACAACCGCUUCAACCCCAGCCAGUCCUCCACUUACUCCACCAAUGGACAGACUUUCUCUCUGCAGUAUGGCAGCGGCAGCCUCACUGGCUUCUUCGGCUAUGACACUCUGACCGUCCAGAGCAUCCAGGUCCCCAACCAGGAAUUUGGUCUGAGUGAGAAUGAGCCUGGCAGCAACUUCGUCUAUGCUCAGUUUGAUGGCAUCAUGGGCAUGGCCUACCCUUCCCUGUCCAUGGGUGGGGCCACCACAGCGCUGCAGGGCAUGCUGCAGGAGGGUGCCCUCACCAGCCCUGUCUUCAGCUUCUACCUCAGCAACCAGCAGGGCUCCCAGAAUGGAGGAGCCCUUAUCUUCGGCGGUGUGGACAACAGCCUGUACACUGGGCAGAUCUACUGGGCCCCCGUUACCCAGGAGCUCUACUGGCAGAUUGGCAUUGAGGAGUUCCUCAUCGGUGGCCAGGCUUCUGGCUGGUGCUCCCAGGGCUGCCAGGCCAUCGUGGAUACAGGCACCUCUCUGCUCACUGUGCCCCAGCAGUAUAUGAGUACUCUUCUGCAGGCCACCGGAGCCCAGCAGGACCAAUACGGACAGUUUGUUGUGAACUGUAACAGCAUCCAGAACCUGCCCACCUUGACCUUCAUCAUCAAUGGCGUGCAGUUCCCCCUGCCUCCCUCUGCUUACAUCCUCAAUAACAAUGGCUACUGCACCGUGGGAGUGGAGCCCACCUACCUGCCCUCCCAGAAUGGCCAGCCCCUGUGGAUCCUCGGGGAUGUCUUCCUCAGGUCUUACUACUCCGUCUAUGACAUGGCCAACAAUCGGGUGGGCUUUGCCACUGCUGCUUAGACUCCAUGUCCAGAUGUCUGGGCUCCCACCUUCUCUUCUCCUCUCCUACAGGGGCUUCUCUCUGUGCCGCUUCUCUGGCUUCAGCCUUCUUCUUCUAUUGGACACUGCACUUUCCCUGAUAAUAAAUAGCUCUUCCCUGCCUUGA